AUGCCGAAGAUUAGAGUUGGAUUUUUAAGUGUUCCAGUUGCUGAGGGAAGUGAGCAAAAUAAGGAAGGGGAGACGAAGGUGGGGCAAUUGGAAGAGAUAGAGGAAGAGAGGGAAUAUGUAAGAAAGGUAGAGGAAGUGAAAGAAGAGGUACCAUCUUCGCGUCGUGAGGAGCCGGGCGAGGAAGCGCCUUCGCUUCCUCCCGGGUGGGCCGCGGCGGCGCCCGCGCGCGCGCGCGCGCGAGCUGUCGUUCCGCACUGCGCCGCGCUGCAAGUGCAAGGUGAACCGGUGGCCGCCUCCUGCACCGCCUUUCAGAAAACGUCGGCCCCGCGGGGAACCUGCGCCGCUUGUUACUCGCGCAAGCGCUGUAGCGAAUGGCUAGGGGACGGAGAAGAAGAGCUCCGCUCGACAGGGGGAGGGGCGAGCGAGCUAGGGCCCGGCGGAGGUGGGGAGAGGAAGUUGGAUGGAUAUAGGAAAGGAUACAGAAAUGAUGGUGGUGUUGCGAGAGCUUUGGGAUAG